AUGUUUGAGGGGACGAUAAGAGGAAACCUGGAUCCACUGGAAGAGCAUACGGACGAACAGAUUUGGGAGGCUCUUGAUAAGUGUCAGCUUGGAGACGAGGUUAGGAAGAAGGAAGGCAAACUUGAUUCAGCAGUUAAUGAGAAUGGAGAUAAUUGGAGUGUGGGUCAAAGACAGCUGGUCUGUCUUGGCCGUGUGUUACUCAAGAAAAGCAAGGUUUUGGUGCUUGACGAGGCUACAGCAUCAGUUGAUGCAGCAACUGAUAAUCUGAUUCAGCAAACCUUGAGGCAACACUUCUCCGACUCCACAGUCAUAACAAUUGCACAUAGAAUAACAUCUGUGCUCGACAGUGACAUGGUCCUACUAUUAGAUCAUGGAUUAAUCGAGGAAUAUGAUACUCCAACCAAGUUGCUGGAAAACAAGUCAUCUUCGUUUGCUAGGCUCGCAGCAGAGUAUAGCAUGAGAUGA